AUGGCUAUUGGAACAAAACCAACUCUUGCUGAUAGUAAUCUUUAUGAAAAUGUUGCACUUUACAGGAGCACAAUAGGAGCUUUGCAAUACUUAAUCUUGUCAAGACCAAACAUUGCUUUUAGUGUAAACAAAUUAAGUCAAUUCCUCAAAGCUCCCACACAGCAACACUGGCAGGCUCGUAAACGACUACUUCGGUAUCUCAAAGGAACUCCAAACUUUGGCUUGCACUUCACUAAAAGUAAUAGACUUAAUCUAGAAUGCUACACCGAUGUCGAUUGGGCUGGUAGCCUUGAGAAUAGAAUAUCAACCAACGGUUGCUGUGUCUUCCUAGGUUCUAACCUGAUUCAAUGGACUUUUAGGAAACAAAAAGUUGUUGCAUUAUCUUCCACUGAAGCUGAGUAUAGAGCUCUUGCUCAAGGGGCUAUAGAGUUGGCAUGGUUCUGCAGUUUAUUCUCUGAAAUUGGUGUCACUUUAUCUGAAAUUCCAGUCAUUUGGUGUGACAACCAAAGUGCUGGCUCACUUGCAUCCAAUCUUGUUUUUCAUGGGAGAACAAAGCAUAUUGAGCUUGAUACUCAUUAUGUAAGAGAACAAGUUACUUCCAACAAUCUUAAAGUUCAAUAUGUGCCAACCGAGUAUCAAAAAGUUGAUAUCUUUACUAAGGCUUUAUCAGUCUCCAAAUUUGUUGAACUAAGAGAUAAACUCACUGUAAAAGCCUCAGCCUCUACUCCUGUUCAAUAA